CCUUUGGAAGUGGAAGACACGGUACAGACUUUGAAAGAUAACACCUACGUUGACAAUAUAAUGCAAAUCGGAAGCGAUGUAUCAGAAUUAGAAAAGUUCAAAGUCGAGGCUACAGAAAUCUUAGAAGGUGCUAAAUUACCACUUCACAAGUGGGAAUCCAACGUAGAAUCGUUAGAAAGUGAAGACAUGCCAAAUCCUUCAAAAAUUCGUGGACUUGCAUGGGACAAGAAAGAAGACGAGUUGUACAUUUCAGCACCAGAAUAUCCUGAAGGAGCAAAAGUUACGAAGACGUCUAUUGUGAGUCACUUCGGAAAAGUUUAUGACCCUUUAGGCAUAGUAUCACCCACAAUGGCAGAAGGUAAAAGAAUUUAUCGUGAAGCCUGCGAUGAGACAAAGAGUUGGGACGCGGAGAUUUCAAAGCCCUUAGAACAAGGCUGGUUAAAGUGAACAAGACAGUUACGAACUGUUAAAAUUCCCAGAGUAUAUUACCAAGGGUAUACGAUAGGUUAAACAGGUUCAUCUUCACAUCUUCGCUGACGCAAGCAACCUUGCGUGUUCGUGUGCAACAAUAGCAGUUGUGGAACAUUCAACUGGGACGGUGAAAGGGUUGUUGACAGCCAAGGCGCGAAUUUCAAAGAGAAACACGUCAAUCCCGAGAUUAGAGCUAAUCGGUGGUCAAAUGGCUGCGAAUAUGGCAACGAACGUGUGUAAAGCGUUGAAACAACUACCAAUAGCCUCAAUAACCAUAUGGAUGGAUAGCACAGUGGCACUCUUUUGGAUCUUAAAUCCAGCUAGAUCAUGGAAAACGUUUGAGCAAACCGAGUGAGAAAAAUAGCGUCCAUAACAAGUGAACUCAAUAUCAAGUGGAAAUAUUGCCCAUCGAAAGAGAACGCAGCAGAUUUGGGAAGUCGAGGCGCAAGCAUUAAUCGUAUGGAAAGUAAUGGAUGGUUUCAUGGUCCAGAUUGGCUGCUAGAUGAAGAGAAACAACCGGUACAACCAAAUCUCAACUGCAGCAAAGAAGUUAACAUAGAGAGUAAACCCUUGAAAGAAUCAGUAUUCCAAGUGAUAGAGAAGGAAUCUGAUGAAUGGGAUUCGUUAUUGGAACGGAAGUAGUAUAGGAAGUAGCGGUUCUAGACCACUUUUUCAGCCCGCGAUCUCAUCCCACUUCCGGUCAGCGGUUUCCAUAUUUUCCCCCAAAAACGCGGGCUCAAGUUUCUAGACCAUAUAUUUAUUGUGGUAUUUUAACGUGUAUUUAUUAUAUUAUUUUUCAGUAUUAUUUUAAGUCUUAUUUAAUAGUUUCUUUAGUAUUCAACAUUUUAAGCUUAACCAUUUUAAAGGGGUCGUAACCUUCCGGCUCUAACACAACAUUUGAAGUAGCCUUUUUAUCCUGAGUAUUUACUCCAACGUUAAUAUUGUUUGAUACAGAGAAAUUUAUAUCACCAACUCCCCUACCCCUAUUUGACUUUUUACGGCAGCCACAAAUCUUACCUAAGCAGGAGAAGCAUGACCUCCACUCUGACAUUCUUACCUUAUAAUAAAUCACAUGUUAACUACCUGACCCUGAAUAUCGAAGUGACCAGCAAAAGGACAUAUCCAUACUCGAUCCAGUGGGAAUUGAGUGUUCAGGUUUAACUAUAAUACACCAAGCCAGCGUGUUAUCUACCAACUCAGCCUGGGCUCCUAAAUAGAACAUACUAUUACCCUUGAAAACGUAGCAGGCUGUACUUCCACCUGUAGUUGUGUAAGUCCCAUUAAACCAGGUGUAUGACAGUCUUCUUAAGUCGACCGCGGCAAGAUUGAUUUCCUUUUUAACUUUUGUAAAAUUUCCAUUAGAUUGUUUUUCCCAAACAGUAGCCCAUAGGAUCAGGGCUAGUGGUAUAUUUUGAAUAGUUGAAAAACGUGGGUAGUCUGAUUUAAUAGUGAUUGACUCAAGGUUGAGGUCUGUCAUAUUAUUAAUAGGAUCUGUUCUCCAUGAAGGUGGAAUCUGAUCGUGACAGUAAGCAUAGUACCUUGCUGCAGCGGUUGAUACUCCCCUGUAACCCCAAAUCCAUUCUGCAUGUAUAUGUCGCCGUAUUCUUACAUAUCUUUUAUCAGCCACUGCUUGUACAAGUCCAGUGGAAGGCUUCAAGAAAUUCUUUUCUACCCAUUGCUUGUUAACUGCAUCCUUGUCAUUUACCGGAUCCUUUAGAUCAAGAAUACCACUUGAAUCUCCCAUGUCCAAAUCACCUUUUACCAGUCCACCUCUACUACUCAUGAACUCAUUAGUUGCCCACCUUUUAUUAACAGCUGAACCGUCAGUUGUAGGGUCACCAACUCUUAUUAACUCAUAAUCGUUAACAUCAAGGUUACCUGAUAAAACACCACCAUCACGUUUAAGGAACUGUUUACACCAAUUGCUCAUAGUUCCAUAAGAAACAGCACUAGAAUCACCGGACGAGCCGUUAUUUAGUCCUGUAAUAGUAUUACCAGCCAUGUCAAUAUUACCACUCAUAGUAAAGCCGCUACUACUUACAGAACUCCCACUGACAUGAUCCACAACCCAUUUCUUAGACACGGCAGAAUUAUCAGUUGUAGGAGCACCUAACUUUAUAAUUUCAUUGUUUCCCAUAUCAAGGUCAUCGGAUAGUGUAAGUCCGCUGUAGGUCUCACGCUUUCUUCUACCACCGCUAAUCUUAUCUUCUACCCACUUUUUGUUAACAGCAGAUGUAUCAGCACUAGGAGCCCCAAUAUUUUCAAUUUCAUUUCCACCCAUCUUGAGAACACCGGUCAUUUCAUUUGAACCGUCCAAUUUCAAGGCAAAGCGUGAAAUUUGGUUAACCACAGUUUGAAUAUUGGGAACAGCUAUUUUUGCACCAAGGUUGUUGAUCGUAUAGAUUGAAUUACCAUUUGCAACGGUUAGAUCACCAUUUAGAGUGAAUCCUGAUGUAACCCACCUUUUACUAACAGCAGAUGUACUCGAACUAGGAUCACCAACAUUUUUAAUUUCAUGUCCACCCAUUUGAAGAUCACCUGACAUUGUGAAACCAGAGGUGCUAGGAAUUGUAGACAUCUUAUCUUCAACCCACUUUUUUGGUACAGCCUCGCUAUCAAGUUUAGGGUUAAUAAGAUCAAACAAUCUCCAACCUCCCAUGGACACAUCUCCUUGCAUUAUUCCACCUUUUUUAACAAAGUUAUUGUCAGCAGCCCACUUUCUUGUGACAGCAGACUGGUCCUCAGAGGGAUCCUUAAGAUUCUUAAUCUCAUGGUCUUUCAUAUCAAUAUCACCAGCAAUAUUAAGUCCUGAUACAGGUCUAUUUAGCAUUCCAACUACCCAGUCCUUACUAACAGCAGACUUUCCAGUUGUAGGAUCGCCUAGAGCCUUUAUCUCAUUUGUUGACAUAUUGAGAUCACUAGUAAGAACAAGCCCAGGUAAACUAGCACGACUACCUUCAACCCAACUCUUACUAGCAGCAUCACCUGGAUUAGUAGGAUUAUCAAGAUUAGUUAUCUUAUUACCUCCCAUGUUAAUAUCCCCAGUCAUUGUAAACCCUGCUGGUUGAAUUGUAAGAGCAGCCCGUUUAAUGAUCUCAUCAUCCACCCACUUUCUUGUGGUCGCAGAAGUAUCAUCUGUAGGUGCACCCAAACCUUUCACCUCAUUACCAUCCAUCUCAAUGUCACCCUUCAUGGUAAAUCCAUCCUUAUCAAACACACUACCACUUAAUGGGUCAACUUUAUUUACUCCUUUAUUGUAUCCUCUAUAGAGAGCCAUUUUAUAGGAUACAUAAUGUUUACAGGGAAACUUUCAUUAGAAUGAAUACAACUAUAGCACCAAUUCCAACUCCAGCAAUAGCACUGACUCCUGAAGACUCAUUAGUACUAACCAUACUAUUCCCCGUGAUAGGAACAACUUGAGUCUUAGCACCUGUAGAACCUCCCAGGGGCUUAGUACCCGUAGAACCUCCUGGAACUUUUUUAGUUCCGUGAAUAGUAUCAAGGUGGUGAACAGGUGUAGUGUCUUGGUGCUGUUUCUUUGGAGGAUCAACUCUGAAAUAGACAUUCUCCGAAGGAAGGUAACAGGACCUGGGGAACUGGACGAGAAAGAAGAUAUUAGAAGAGAAAUCGAGUACGUAAGUCAGCUAAGAAGAAUGAAGACCUGGAAGAAUUCAGAAACCGAGGCCUAUCUAAACGCGACCCACGGCACUCUCAAGGAAGAGGUAAAAACAAUAGUUGUACUUAGGAGAAUAGCUAAGGCUGAAGUUAGAAGGAAUGACUACUCGGGAAAAAUAGACAGGUUGAAGGGUAUUAUAGAAAACCUAGGUUUCGAUCCUAAUGAGCCCGAGGAAGAGUUAGAAGCAGAGGAAGAAGAACGUAGGCAAGAAGAAGCUAGAAAGAAGGAGGAAGAAGAAUGCAGGAAGGCUGCUGAGUUAGAACGUAAAAGGCUUGCAGAAGAAGCUGCCGAACGUCAAGAAAAAGCUGAGGUCGAGCGUAGAGAAGCUGAGAUUAAAAGACUACAGGAAACUGUAAAGGGUGAUAAGGAAAAAACAGAGUACUGGAGAAAAAAACUAGAAGAAUGGGAAAAAGAAAAGUCUAAACCUAAGGAAGAACCUAAGUUCUUCCCAAAGAAACCUCAGGUUGAGGAAGAACCCAAGAAACCUAAGAUAGAAAAGCCCUACAGAGACAAGGAACCCAAGGAGCCCAGCAGAGAUAAGAAGACCGGGGAGCCUUUACCUGGGGUAGACACUGAAUGGCUAAAGGAUACUUUCAACUUUGAGAACCUCCUAUUCCAGGUCGCAGAGGAUAGUAUCCCAAAAGAUGAUCAACCUAUUUUUAGCGGUGAUAGUACAGAAAUCAUGUUGAGAAAUGUUAGGGAAGAUCUUACGAGGUAUGAAAGAUUCAAAUCAUGGGUUAAAGAUAACUUUGGAUUUGUGCUUGCAGGUAUCAUAAUGUCAGUUGCUGCUCUCCUUACAGCUAUUAUCAUACCGACUAGAAAACUAUCCUCAAUGGCAGCAGAUUCCACGCACGGAGGCGGAGGUCCUUCACCGUCACCACUUUCUGACACAGUAAGCAAACUGAUUAAAUUCAUAUCAUCAAACUUAUGGGUGGUAGCUAUAGGUAUCGGAAUAAUUUUACUUUACAUUAACAGCUAAACAUUACAUAUUGUAUACAAGUAUGAAUACCACAGAAAGAGAACUCCAACCUGGCUUCAGGAGGAGCCACAUGACAUCUAUAAAAGGACCUAGGACCCUAAACGUUGUAACUUUCAAUCCUACAACUAUUAGCCCAGGUGAAGAGCUGUACAUCAACAUACCUAAACUAAAGCCUGACUCUUGUCUAGUUCCAGGAUCACUUGCACUAUUAUUUGACUUCAAAAAUUCCAAUACAAAGAGUCGAUUUAAUAAUAACCUGUCUAAGUUAAUAGCUAAACGUCUUCAGAUUAAAGUAGCAGGUGAAACAGCUUAUGACUGUUCGGGAGAGAGUUUGUACGAAAUAUACAAAGAUCUAUGGCUAACAGAAGGUGACAGAAAUAAGAUGACCGAACAGGGUCUGGUAAGUGAAAAUCUCAGGAAGUUAAUAUCAGGUGAUGACUCAGGCACUAAGGUUGGUGACGCUAAUAAAGUAGCAGAUGGACUUAUCCACAGUGUGUAUGGUUCUAAGUUGAGAAAACCAAUUGAUAAAAUAAUUGCAGACCAUGGUCUAUACACUCCAUUUUACAUGAACAACAAUCCUAUGUACAUCCUCACACUCCCGCAAUCAGAUGAGAUUAUGACUGCCCAAGGAGGUGAAGCUAAGGGUAAUUAUAAACUUGAUAAUCUUGAGCUAGAAUACGAGACCAUUGAGAAUGACACCCUUGCGAGUGAAGUCACACGGAUGUAUUCAACAGGUCGCUCACUGUCCUACAAACACGUCACACUAAUGCGCACAAGUAAUUGGGACAAGGAUCUUACCAUUGUCAAUGAAAACAUAAAUAUACCCAGAAAGAGCAUGUCAGCAAUUGUCCUUCUAUUUACCAAUAGAGUGAGGACUGAUUCUGAAGAAUAUAUUUACCCAAACAUUGAUAAAGUGAACCUUACCAUUGAAGGUGUGCCUAAUGCAGUUUUCUCCCAGGGACUUCCCAAAAACAGGUUCUUCGAAGAGGCAAAAAGAUUCUUCUGCCCUAUGUGCGAGAAAUCCAUGGCAGAUGAAUUUAUGUCCAUCAGUAAGUUCUUCAGCAAUGGUUUCGCUCUAGUAAUUGAUCUUAGGUCAACACAGGAUGAUACCACUGGUGGAGGAAGGAGAAUUGUUAACACACAGUCAGGCGUACUCAUGGAAAUCAAAAAGAGAGCCACAACAGCUGACGUUCAAUGCAAUAUUUUUAUUGUAUCAGAUGCCCUCCUUAACUUUGCCAAUAGAGAUUUAUCAAGUAUUCAAUACUAGGCGUAGCCUGCGUAGUCGCUGCUAGUGCAGCUAGUACUAACGGUAAAGCAUAGAGAUGCAACUUGAACCACCAUUCAACAUGCUUAUAGUAGGAAUGACAGGAAGUGGUAAAACUCAGUUCUUACUAAAUAUGUUAGAAACGGAAUACAAUAAAGUUUUUGAUUACAUUGUUAUUAUAUGUCCAACAAUAGAAUGGAAUAUGACUUACAUUAAUUGGGCUCAUAUUAGUGAUCACGGAGUCAUACAAAUUCCAUGUUCACAAGAAAUGAUCAAUCUAGUUCUGAAGGCAGUGUCCACCAUAUUUCGUGGAACUCAAACUCUCAUUAUAGAGUUGAGAACUGGUGCGCCUAGCUUUCUCCGCAAGACAUUACAACUUAUCUGUUAUUGUAAUUACUCAGCAACUGUCAUCAGUAGCGAAACCAUUCAGGGAGAACAUUUCCAGGUUAGUUACAUUCUACAACCCUAGUCGCAGGGAUAUGAAGGUCAUAACAGAUGAUUACCUAAGUGGUGUUCCUCAGGAGACAAUUACAGAGAUAACACAGGUACUAAAAGAUGAGAAGUUCACCGCACUGGAUAUACUACUUAUACACCCUUACACAUACACUAUCAAACAAAACAUCACGUCGAAUAUAAAAGAUGAAAUCUGAAUCUGAUGAAGAAAUAUCUGCAGCUGUGAGGGAAGUAGAAGAGGCUGCAAAGGCACCGCAAAAGAAAGCUAAGUCUACCGCAAGAGAAACCGCAGAUAAGUCGCAAACUGAAAGUAAAAGAGACAAGCUUAUAGAGCUAUCCAGGGAUGGUGCAAUAGAGAAGUCCGCAAGUUUUAUAAGAAAGUCCAACAAGGAUGUUGUGGAUAGACUAUAUCAUGAGUAUGAAAGUCAAAGGAUGUCAUUCGCAAGUGACUUCUUAUCAACUCUUAUUAUCUCAAAGUUUGCUUCUGUAUUAGGAAGUUUCGGUGCAGUGGAAUCAUCAGAUAAGCUAUCAGAGGAACUACUUAGUGAUAAGCUUUUAAAGGAUGACGUAUCAUAUCUAACAAGAACGAUUUCCCCAAACAUUCCAUUCAUAGGUUUAAUAUCAGGUGGUUGUACAACAGCUAAGCACAUUGUUGCUCAUAAGUGGAAAAAGAAGGAGGAAAUAUCUGAGGAAGCUAAACAUAUCCUAUUACAUAGUGAAGAAGAAUGCCACAACUCGGAGAACCCUACGACUGGGGAAACGCCUGGGAUGGAACGGAAUUUGAAUCAAUAAUUGAUGAAUUGAUUGAGAAAACUGAUAGGAAUAGGGAACAGCUAGAUAAAAUUCAGGCAACCUUGGACUCACUAAAGAGUGAUUAUAAUUCCCUUAAGAAUAAAGUAGUAGGUCCACUAAGGUACGAAUUCGAAGCUUUUAAAACUGACACAAUUAAAACAGUUGUAAAGAUAUAUAAGAAUCUAAAUGAAACGCAUUAGGCAAAAUAAUUUUUUGUAGUGGGAUUAGCAGACAUUAGUGGAGCAGCUGGGUGGGUAGAGGGAAUGCUGCUUCAUAAAUUAGAUUUAAAUGGUAUAUAAAAUAGCCAUAAAAACUUUUACAUAUAUAAUAUAGAGAAAGAUGGAAAAACUAUUCAGGAACCAGAAGUUGAAUGUUAGUGUGAGAGCCGUAGAGAGUGGUGAGGAUGUACUGUUUUAUGCAAAAGAUGUGGCAGAAUCUCUAGGGUACGCUGACCCAAAAAAGGCAGUCCAGAAAUUAGUUAGGAAACAAAAUAAGGUGAGUGUAUAUGAGUUAAGCAAGAGGGGCGAUUCGCCCCUCUUACAUAAAUGUCACCCACAGACAAUCUUACUUUACGAACCUGGUUUGUACCAGCUAAUAUGUAGCUCAAGACUUCCAAUAGCAGAGGACUUCCAGGACUGGGUAUUUAGGGAAGUCCUUCCAUCUAUCCGCAAGACGGGCUCGUACAAAUUACCAGAUAGAAGGUCACUCGGAUAUAACCAAAUAAUCCUUAUAAAUGAAACGGACCUUCAUCAUACAGUUGUGAGUUACAUUAGAGAUAACUACCCAGAGGCUGUAAUAAUACCUGGUCUAGGUGAGUACCAGGAUACUGUGUCAAAGAGAUGUGACGCCUGGAAGAAGGGAUACAAGGGUGGCCAGCCAGAUCUUAUUAUAGAGAAUCCUAUGGGGAAGUACAAAGGAUUUGCCAUUGAAUUCAAGUCUCCUAAGGGCACUGGGACUGCAAACGAGAAGCAGGUAGUAUGGCUUCGUAAGCUUAUGAAAAUAGGGUAUAUGGUAAUGAUAUCCGACGACUUAAUAAAAACUUGUAUUAGAAUUAACGAGUACUUUUCACUUAAGAAAACUGUGAGGAAAGUUGCAGUGAAAAUUACCGCUAGUGAUGCGAAGACUUACAGGCUAAGGUUCAGUUCAGAUAAGUACUAGCUGCGCUAGCAGCGACUACUGACGUAGUCGGUACCAUAUGUUUAACUAUGUAGACAUCUACAUAGACAUCUACAUAGACAUCUACAUAGACAUCUACAUAGACAUCUACAUAGACAUCUACAUAGACAUCUACAUAGACAUCUACAUAGUUAAACAUAUGGUACCUAUAUAGAAUGGCCGACGAACCUACUACGAAGGAAGUUCCCAUUACAAGUGAAAAGAAGAAGGACCCUAAGAGGGUAGAGGCCGGAAAAAGGCUAGCGAUCCUAAGUAAAGCUGCAAGGGAGAGGAAAAAGAAACUUACAGAACCUAAGGAGUCAUCCAACAACAACAUAAUCACAUAUGUAGGAGUGGCCAUCGCAUUGACAUCCCUUGCCCUAGCAUUUAAUCAGCAUCAGAGGGAAACAAAGAAACCAGAACCUAAGUACAUCCCUGAGACUGUAGAAGUAACCAGGAAACCUGAUGCGCCCAAGUUAGAUUCACUUGAAUGAUACGUUAAACAUAAUAUAUAUUAUAGCAAGAUGAGUAAAGAAUCAAAGAUGACCGCGGAAGUGUACAACGCAGUGUUACUUACAGCAGGAGCAGUCGGUAUAUCAAUGGCAUCAAAAAAACUAUUGAAAGAACCGUUAGGAACCCCGGAGAAUGUAAAAGGAAUGGUAAAGCUGGCUGUCUCAGUUAGCCUUUCAUCUCUGCUGGUCUCUUACCUGAAAGAAAAGAAGUACAUACCAGAUGAUCCAUUCAAAACCUAGGUAAAACUAUACAAUGGCGGAAGCAGUAGCAGGAGGAUUAUUUAACGCAUUCGCAUUUGCUGGAGCAGGAUAUCUAUUUAAAAUGUUUGACAAGAACGGAUACGCUGAGGAAGCCCACAGACACAAUAUUGCAAUGGAGAGCCUAACAGCUGAAAGAGAGAAGUACCUUGAAGAAGUAACCAACAGAAGAAACAAAAUUGCGCAACUUAAGGCCGAACUAAGUGAGGCAAGUAGGGAUAUUAAUUCAACAAAUAAGGCAUUUGAACUCAUCAGGAGAAUCAACGAGCUAACACGUACAGCUAUGCCAAGAAAGCCGCAACUAAGUAACCACUACAAACCUAGCUCAGAGAUGGAAGAAUAUAUGGCAAUAUUUGGUUUAAUUAUGGGUGUGGUGGUUGGAGGGGCAGCUUAUUUAUUAAUUUAAUACGGCAAUAAAUUUUUACAUAUAUAUUGUAGAGAAAUGGACUGGCUUGCAAUGGUAGACGUUGACGAGGUAAUAGCCCUUGGUAAAAGGGUAGACACUAUAGAGGAGUUGGAGGCCGCGGUUAAAAAAUAUGUAGAACUGAGAAUAAUAAGGAGACGUAAAAACAGACAACAUAAACAAGCAGAAUAUUUUAACACAUAUAGUAUAGGGAAUGGACUGGCUGACACUGGUAACACCUGAUGAAAUGGAAAGAGUCGGUAGGAGAGCAAAAAACAUUGAGGAGCUGGAGGCCGCAGUAAUGAAAUACGCGAGAGGUAAAAUGAAGGUUGCACAUACAUACGAACCGGAAUGUGUUGAAUGUGGUAGUAAGUCUAUUGUAAUAAUAGAUGGAGCAGAUGUAUGCACACAAUGUGGUACAAGUGACAGGAAUGGCUUUACAUACUAUGUUAGUUACAACCACAAUAAGGACGACUACCUGAAAAAGAAGUCUUGUCAUAACAGAGUCCGUUGGUUCGGGAGACACCUAUUAGAGCAUGUUGCUUCAGGGGAUAGGGAUACCAUACGGGAGCAGUUUAGAAGCAUCGUAAGAUGUAUACAAAGACUUAGACUGCAACGGGGGCGCAACAUAGUUAGAUAUAAGUUUUACCUACUGAGGAUAGCCAGCAUGAACAACAUCACAUUAAGAAACCCUCCUGAGGACAUUAAGACCAAAAGAAUUGUGGACAUCCUUGAGAAUAGGUUAUAUGGUAAGGUCUUCCCCGAGUUGGGAUGGAAACCUAUAAAUUGUAAAUAUUAUAAUAACUGGAAAUUAAAGAAUAAAUUAUAAAUUAAAUAAAAUAUAAAAUUAUAAAAUUAAACAAAAUAUAAAAUUAUUAAAUUACAUAAAAUAUUAAAUUAUUAAAUUAAAUGUUAAAUAAAUUAAUGAAUUAAAUAGCCCCUUAAUUGGGGCUAUUUUUUUUUACCUAUAGUAUAUAGAGAAAGAGUGAAAAAUGGCGAACAACUUUGACAUGAACGACAUGACCGUUGAACAACUUAUGGCACUUAGUGAGAUAAUCGAUGGCAGCGACUAUGAAGGAAAUCUUGAGGAGGAAGUGGAGAAAAUCUUGGAGGAUAAGUUCUACCGUGUUGCACCUAAGGAUAAGGGAGAGAACGUACACACGGAAGAGAAACUAUUCAUUGAUGAAGGUGAUAGAGCUACGGAUCCCAAGAGACCAAGAAGACUUCCACUAAACUACAAGGGUAAGAGAGGAAUAAUGCCAACAUGAAAAUAUUCCGAGAGGCAGAAUGCAAAGGCCCUACUAGUCGAGGAAGCCUAUCAGAGCUUACUAAGUAGAGGAGUUGAAGGUCUACCACCAACAAUGGGAGGUAGAUGGAGAACGGACGAUCCUCAGGUAAACGCGGAGAUGAAGAGGCUCGAAAACCUUAGAAAUCCCAAGCGUCCUAGAGGUAGACCACCAAAGGUCAAGGUUGAUGGUGAAGUAACCCCCAAAAGAAGGGGUAGACCACCAAAGACCAAAGAAGUUAAGGUUCCUAAGAGGAGAGGUAGGCCACCAAAGGCUAAGGUGGCGGAAACCCAAGAAGUUACAGCUCCCAAGAGGAGAGGUAGGCCACCUAAGGUUAGAAGACAGACCGUCGCAGAAAGGUUCAUAAGCCAGGGUCGGAUAAAACUCUCAGUUCCUGCGGAUAGUGUCAUAACACAGGUGGGACCAAAUAAGUUCACGGUGACAGUGGAUCUCAGCAAAAAACCUACAAGGAAAGCUCCUGAGGUGCCAAAAGGUGUGACUCCAUGGAAACCUGUUCCCAAGCCUAGAACCGUUCUUCCUAAGGAAAAACCCGUUCCUAAACCCAGAACUAAAAUUCCCAAGGAAAGACCCGUUCCCAAACCCAGGACCAAAAAACCAGUGCCUCCUCCAAAGUUACGAAAGCCUGCAAGGGUGACUAGGGAAGUUGCGGAGCAGCCUGUGGUGGUUACACCUGAGGAACAUGAAAUCGAUCCAUUUGGAACAUACCUUGAUAAGCCAUCCUACAGGAAAAUAGAAACUGCCGCAAAUGGAGCAGCUGUGACCUACUCAAUAACUCCAAACUAUAUGGACCCACUGGACCAGAUGACAGCAAGUAGGCAGGUGGUGAGGGGAAUACUAGUGAACGAGUUGAAGAGAAUGGGUGGUCUAAAAUAUACAGAAACAAUCAAGGUGAGAAUGUCGAAGGAAAUCGGUAAUGAUAAAACAAAGAAGGAUUCAAUAUACUUCAAGUCGAAAACUGGAACUGCGACCAACUUUGAGGAUAUCGAAAGCACUGCGGCACAAAACCAGCUGACAAUCCUAUCCAGAAUUGAAACAUUCCAAAACCUAGGUUCAAAUUGGAUUAUACUAAAUAUUGAAAGCCACUACGUUAACAUUGCAAUGUAUAAACCUCUAAAGGGUAGUUCAUAUAUGAAAUUACCCGCAGACAUUAGUAAUCCAAAAUGUGGUCUCAUUAAUAUGAAAAAUGAAGAUAACAAAUGUUUCAUGUGGAGUCAUGUGAGACACGUGAGACCAAAGGUCAGGAGAGCAACUACUAUAACACGACAGGAUGUUAAGUUCUCGGAAAACCUAGACUAUGAGGGAAUAGACUUCCCUGUGAAAAUAAGCGAUAUUGACAAAAUCGAGAGAAGAAACUGUAUAAGCAUAUCAGUGUUCGGCUAUAAGGGUAAAAAGCAGUUCUACCCAAUAAGAAACUCUAAGACAAAAUACGACGAGCAUAUGGAGCUGCUACUCUUAGGUGACGGUAAUGGAAACAACCACUAUGUCCUAAUAAAGUUCAUUAAUAGAAUGCUGUAUAGUGUAAGUUGAUACGAACAUAAGAAGCACUUCUGUCUGUAUUGCCUCCACAGCUGUAAGAGCGAGGAGCUGCUGAAGAAACAUAAGGAGACAUGCCUCGAGGUAAAUGGAACUCAGGCCACAAAGCUUCCGAGUAAGGGUACGAAAAUAAAGUUCAAAAAUCACAGGAACUCAAUGCCUGCACCAUUUGUGAUAUACGCCGACUUUGAGUCCAUACUGGUUCCCGAAGAGAGAAAAGUUGAUCCUGAAAGCUCUGAGGAAAAGAGUACUACAGACCUUUACCAAACACACAAAGCCUGUAGUUUUGGGUUGAAAACAGUGUGUCAUUAUGAUGAUCAGUACUCUGGUGAAUACAUAAGUUACGUUGGUGAGGACGCCACGAAUGUCUUUCUGAAGACAGUAUUGAAGGAGUCUAUUAGGUGCCGGGAGAUGGUAAACAAAAUAUUCAAGAAAAAGAUGGUAAUUACACCAGAGCAAGAAGCUGAGUUCUGGAUGACAAGAAACUGCUCCAUAUGUGGUAAUGACUUAGGUGAUGAUAGAGUGAGAGAUCACGAUCAUGUAACUGGAAUGUAUCGUGGAGCUGCCCAUAAUAUGUGUAAUCUGAAGUAUAGAAUCACAUGGAAAGUUCCGGUGGUUUUCACAACCUAAGAGGUUACGAUAGCCAUCUGAUAAUGCAGGAGAUUGGAAAGUUCAAGAUGAACAUCAACGUUGUCCCAAAUAAUAUGGAAAAAUAUAUUUCCUUCUCACUAGGUAAAAGUCUUGUGUUCAUUGACUCAAUACAGUUCAUGGCUUCUUCUUCGGAAGCACUUGUGAGUAACCUUUCACCUGAAGACUUCAGGAUAGUUGGUAAGAGGUGGACUGGUGAGGACUUCAAACUUGUGACACAAAAAGGUAUAUUUCCAUACGAAUAUUUGGAUGACAAAUUCUACUCAUCUCUAUAUGAGUCGGAGGUGAAAGAAGAAGAUUACCAAAGAGCGCUAAAAGUAUGGGAUCACUUUAAGAUGAAAACCAUGAGAGACUACCACGAUCUCUACCUGGAAACUGACGUUCUUCUUCUAGCAGAUGUAUUCGAAAACUUCAGGAGAACUUGCUUGGAAAAUUACAAGCUUGACCCUGCACACUACAUAUCAGCACCUAGUCUAAGUUGGGACGCCUUCCUGAAACAGUCAGGUGAGGAGAUAGAAUUGGUAAGUGAUAUGGACAUGUUCCAGUUCUUUGAGAAGGGAAUGAGAGGUGGUAUAAGUCACAUUGCUCACAGACACUCUACAGCAAAUAAUAAGUACAUGGAAACGUACGACGAAGAUCUUGAAAACAAGUUCCUUAUGUACCUCGAUGCCAACAAUUUAUAUGGCUGGGCGAUGUCGCAGCCGCUGCCUAACGGUGAGUUUGAGUGGAUUGAGGAUUUCGAUGCGGCAAACUUAGAUGAUUACCUUGGAGACAACGGAAGGGGUAUGGUUUUAGAGGUUGACAUGGAAUACCCAAAGGAACUUCAUAAUCUACACAACGGUUAUCCGCUAGCACCGGAGAGCAAGGAGAUUGGUGCCUCAAUGUUGUCAGACUACGCGAAGGAUAUUGCUGAUAAAUUCCAGCUGGCAAUUGGAGGAGUAAGAAAACUGGUGAACUCCCUAGGUCCCAGAAAAAACUACGUCUUACACGCCCGUAAUCUGAAACUCUACACGGAACUCGGAAUAAAACUUACGAAGGUCCAUAGAGCCGUCUCAUUCAAACAGUCCCCCUGGCUUAAGAACUAUAUCGACUUCAAUACGAAGAAACGGUCAGUUGCACGUAAUACUUUUGAAAAGAACUUCUUCAAAUUAAUGAACAACUCAAUCUAUGGAAAGACCAUGGAGAAUCUAAGGAAGAGAGUUGACGUGAAAUUAGUGUCAUCAGAAAAUGACCUCCUAAAACUUACAGCGUCGCCGUGCUUCCAGUCGCAUAGAAUUAUGAAUGAGAACUUAAUAGUUGUAAAGCGAACGAAGGAAGUUCUAACUCUAAACAAACCGUGCUACGUUGGAAUGAUCAUCUUGGACUUAUCAAAGACUCUUAUGUACGACUUCCAUUACAAUACAAUUAAGAAGGAGUACGGUGACAGGUCAAAGCUACUGUUCACAGAUACUGACAGUCUGAUGUAUGAAAUAAAGACUGACGAUGUGUAUGAGGACUUCAGGAGGAUCGGUGAGGAGAAAGACUGCUGGGACAACUCAGACUAUCCGAAAGAUUCCCCAUACUACUCAGCUCAUAAUAAGAAGGUAAUUGGUAAGUUUAAGGAUGAAGCUGCGGGAGUACCAGUGAUUGAAUUCGUUGGGUUAAGGUCGAAGAUGUACUCCUACGUGAAGGAAAGUGGUGGAGGCGGAAUGACCGCGAAAGGAGUGAAAAAGUAUGUGAUCAGAAACAAACUCACUCAUGAAAACUUUAAGAACGUAAUCAAGACAAAAGGUUUGAUGAGACAUAAGAUGAACACAAUCAGAAGCAUCAAACAUAAAAUCGGAACUUACGAACUGAAGAAAAUCACACUCAGCUGUUUCGAUGAUAAACGGUACUUACUUGAAGAUGGUGUUACAAGUUACGCGUACGGACACCACUCAAUAGAAAAAUAAAUUGUUAAAUAAUUCUGAUAAAUAAUAGAUAAAAAAAAUGAGGUAAAAAGACCACGGAAAAAAUAGCCUAGAAAAAAUGGUCUAGAAAAAUGAGCCCGCGUUCUUUGGGGAGAAUUUGGGAAACCGCUGACCGGAAGUGGGGUGGGAUUGCGGGCUGAAAAAGUGGUCUAGAACCGCUACUUCCUAUACUACUCUCACGAGCUCUCUUGGCCAUUCUGCCCUCUGGCCGGCCUUGGUAAUACCAAGUGCGAGGCUGGGAGCCUGUUCCCGAUACACCGACCGUUCAGGACAAGACGAAUAGUUUCCCUUGCAAUCGUGCUCUUCACCAUGAAUAUAAAAAAAGUUCAAGGUAUGCAUAUAGGAAAAUGUACCUGUUUGAGUUUCUCAGGAGAGUUUUCUACUUCCUCAGUUUUCCUUCUUUCCUCAUAUUCUUUCCUGAAAAAAGUUGAUGUCACGAAAGAAUUUGAAGCCUUUUUGAUUUGAAGCUGAUUUGCUUGGGUCGUCCUAAUCUGCGUCUGAAAGUCCAGACAUUCAAUACACAACACUGUGACACACUACCGGUGACACAUUAUUACCGUAUAACCGGUUAUCAUAUAGUCUUUUUAUAAAAACCAUUGAGAUUUUUCAGUUGAAGUUAUGUCAGUUGAAGCUAUUCUUUUGAACUAGCAAUAAAACCAGUGUGAAGCAGCGUUUGGGGACCGGUUCCUGGUCCAAAAACAAACAGGAAAUCAAUAUAUACCUAUCCAUUUCAAUUUCUUUCAGGGCCUUCUCAAACCCUUUUCUCUUCUUACUUGGGAAAUCCGAUGCAGACUGGUAAGGUGCAAAGUGUUUAG